AUGGACGGGCUCAAGAAGAUUCUCUCCCGUCAAAAGACGAACCAGUCUGGCGACCACGAGGGCGAACUCCAGACCUUUCGCAAACAGCACAAGUACGACCCUUUUCUCGGCGAGGACAAGCUGCGCGCCGUUGACUCGGCCCUCGACUCGGGCAAUGCUGAAAAGCUACGCGAUCUUGACCACGCCCUGAUCCAGGAUGACUCGCCCUAUCCUGAAGUCCGCGCUGCCGUGCCCCCCGUGGACGAAGACAUGCCCGUCGAUACAAUUCGUGCCUGGGUUAUCGGUGCUGUUCUCUGCACCAUUGUCUCGGCCUGUAACGUCCUGCUCGCAUUGCGCCGUACGCCAAUCUCCAUCAGCUCGACCGUCGUCCAGUUGGUCGCUUAUCCUAUUGGCUGCUGCUGGGCCCGAUUCAUGCCCGAGAAGAGCUUCCGCGUUUUUGGGCGCAACUUCGAACUUAACCCAGGCCCGUUCAAUGUCAAGGAGCACACCAUCAUCACCAUGAUGACGGCCGCCGGCUCCGCCAUCAGCUAUGCUUUCGAUAUCCUUCUUGCCCAAGAGGUAUUCUAUGACCAGCAUUUUAAAUGGGGUUUUCAAAUCCUGCUCGUCCUCUCAACCCAGGCCAUGGGCUUUGGUAUUGCUGGCAUCGCCAGACGCUUCCUCAUCUACCCCUCAUCGAUGGUGUGGCCCGCGACCCUUGUCACUUGCGCCGUCAUGUACGCGCUGCACAACCAUCAGCCUGCAGAUCCCCAUACUACCAAUGGCUGGAAGAUCGGUCGCUACGCCUUCUUCCUCAUUGUUUCCUGCAGUACCUUUGUCUGGGAAUGGGUCCCACAGGUCUUUGCUCAGAUCUUCCAAUUCUUCAACUUUGCUUGCUGGAUUGCCCCAAACAAUGUCGUUGUGAACCAGGUCCUGGGUGCCCAGUCUGGUCUCGGACUGAUCCCCAUCUCUUUCGAUUGGAGUAUCGUCAGCGCCUUUCUCGGUAGUCCCCUGCAGGCACCCGCCUUUGCCCUCACCAACGUGGCUGUCGGUCUGCUCCUAGUGACGAUUGCUGCCUCUGGCCUCUCUUGGGCCGGUCCAGAGUUUUAUCGAUACCUUCCCAUCAGCGCCAACACAAACUAUGACCACUUUGCGAAGCCGUACAACACGAGUCGUAUUCUCACCCCAGAGUUUACCAUGAAUGAGACUGCCUAUAAGGAGUACUCGCCGAUCCUGAUAUCGCCCACCUUUACGCUGUCAUACGGCAUGUCCUUUGCCGCCCUCAUAUCGACACUGGUCCACGUCGCCCUUUUUUACGGCCCUGACAUUUGGCGCCGCAGCCGCGACGUGCGCUCCGAGGAACCCGACGUUCACCUGAAGCUGAUGCGCAAGUACAAGGAGGCUCCCGAAUGGUGGUUCUUCGCUAUUUUUGGUUUGAGCUUUGCUUUUGGCAUGAUUGCUUCCCAGUGCUGGCCCACCCACCUGCCAUGGUGGUCCUUCAUCAUCUGCAUCGCCCUCGGUGCUGUCUUCUUCAUCCCCGUCGGCACCGUCCAGGCUAUCACCAACCAGCAAACCGGUCUUAACGUCAUCACUGAGCUGGUAGUCGGCUUUAUGCUGCCUGGACGCCCUAUCGCCAUGAUGAUGUUCAAGUGCUGGGGCUACAUGAUUGUAUUUUACGGCCUCAACUACAUAUCCGACAUGAAGAUUGGCCACUACAUGAAGAUUCCCCCUCGCUCCAUGUUUGCUGCACAGGCCUUUGCUGUCAUUUGGCUGUCGCUUGUGCAGGUGGCGACGUACAACUUUUUGAUCGGCAACAUCAAGGGCAUCUGCACUGAGGACCAAGCCCAGGGUCUCAUCUGCCCGGCGGCGCGCACCUUUUUCAACGCCAGCGUCAUCUGGGGAGUCAUUGGCCCCGCCAAGAUGUUUGGCGCCGGCCAGCUCUUUUCAUGGCUGAACUGGUUCUGGCUCAUUGGCGCGGCUCUACCCGUUAUGCAGUAUUUUAUCACGCGCCGUUACCCCAAGAGCAUCUUCCGCUACAUGCUGACGCCGGUCAUCUUUAGCGCGGCUGGCCAGAUUCCGCCCGCGACGCUCUACUACUUGUGGCAGUUUGUCACGAUUGGUCUGGUCUUCAACUGGUACCUGCGCCGCCGCUACUUUGGCUGGUGGCAGCAGUACAACUACACGCUGUCGGGUGCGCUCGAUAUCGGAAACGCCCUGGCGAGCGUCGUUAUUGCGCUCGCGCUGGGUCUUGGAAACGCCAACUUCCCGGACUGGUGGGGCAACACGGUGUCGUACACCAACCUCGACGGUUGGCACAAUGCGACGACAAAGGUCUUUCAAAAGGGCCAGACGCCUUUGGGGCCGGAGAAGUGGUUUUAG